AUGUCGCUGAAAGGAAGAGUUGCUCUUGUUACAGGAGCAAGUAGAGGAAUCGGCCGCGGCUGUGCUAAGGCUCUUGCAGAUGAAGGAGCUACUGUCUAUAUAACAGGUCGGAAAAUAGAAACUUUGUCUCAAACAGCGAGAGAGAUCGGCGGAGAAGUUGUUCCAGUUGCUUGUGAUCACUCUGACGAUAAUCAAGUCGAGAAAUUAUUCAAAAGGAUCGACGCAGAGAAUUCUGGCCGUCUCGAUUUAUUGGUGAACAACUGUUAUUCUGGUGUUCCGACUCUAUUUGGAAUGGAAGGAGAGUCAUCCACACCGGUGAAUAAGUUCUGGGAGCAGACGCCAAAGAUUUGGGAUGCAAUCAAUAAUGUAGGGCUGAGAGCGAAUUAUAUUGCUUCUGUUUAUGCUGCUCGAUUGAUGGUACCGAGAGGAGAGGGCUUAAUCGUCAACAUGAGCUCUCCAGGUGGACUUAGUUAUACAUUCAAUGUUGCCUACAGUGUCGGAAAAGCAGCUCAAGAUCGAAUGGCUCAAGAUUUCAACGUCGAACUCAAAGGAACUGGAGUCAAAGCUCUUUCUCUUUGGCCAAGAGCGACUGAAACCGAAUUUAUGAGAACCAACGUCGUGGAAACAGGCAUGACCGAAAAGGCCGUCGACGUUUGGCUUCGAAAUCCGUGCUCGAAGACUGAUUGGCAAAGCAUUCAGUGGGUGGGGAAAACUGUAGCUGCUCUUCUGAGCGAUCCGAAUCUCGAUCAGAAAGCUGGUCGGACAAUUUGGUGUGAUGAUAUUGCGAACGAAUUCGACAUCCGGGAACUCGAUGGAAGCAAGGUGACCCACAUUCGCUCUAUGAGACACAACAUUGUCGCAUACAAUGAGGGGCGAUUUCCUUGGUACUUGGCCCUGAUUCCUGAAGGGCUUUUCAUUCCUCAAUGGCUUUUUAACUUUGGUCUUUGGGUCAAAGGAAAUAAAUUCUAA